AAGCGCUUUGUCAUCCAUUAACUGGAUUGCAAAAAUUCGAUAAUCAUGAAUCCACUGAAUAUAUUGAUCCGCGGUGCCUCUGUGCUGGUCCUGGUGUGCUUAGUGGCCGCCGCCCCACAAGGAUACGGUGCCGGAGGCGACGGCGGGCUGGGAGUCGAUCUCGGCGGCACAGGAGGCCACGGCGGCAGCGGCGUUGGAGGCGGCAGUGUGCUUCCUUUCGUCUUGGCCGGGAAGGGUGUGCUUCCUGAAAGUGCUAUUGGUGGCGUAAAUGGAGGCACUACUGGAGGAGUCAUUGGUGGGGAAUACAGCGUACCAAGUGCUGGUGCUGCUGGAGGCUUUGACGUCGAUGUAGCUGGAGGCUUCGAUGCUGGCGUUGCUGGAGGUUUCGAUACUGACGUUGCUGGAGACUUCGAUGCUGGCGUUGGCAUCGGCGAGGAAGUCUCCCAUGUCAGCCCCCCUGUCAGCGUAUAUGAUGCACCACACUAA